AUGGUGUUGGCCUGUGAAAGCGGCCCUUCCGAUCCACUGGAGAACGGGCUGGAAGCUUCUCCAGCUGUGGCUGGCAAGUGCGCAAUCUUCGACCUCGAGAAUGAGACCUUAUCUGCAGGAUCUCAUUCGUUCAAUAAGAGAGAACAAAGCGUUCCAGCUUUUAUAUCAUUCCAUAGCGUGGGCCAAAUUACCAUGGUCCGCAUGAGGGAGGUAGCCAAGAUUCAUUCAAUUGGCGCUGCAUCCUGGCAUAAACAGAUGUAA